AUCUAUCAGGGUGCUGCUAUGCCAUCUUUCCUGACACUGCUCCUGGCCUUAAUCCAUUGCUGCAGUUUCCACCCAACAGUUCAGUUUUGGAAGUGGCCAGCCUCUUUCCUUAUCUAAAGGAAAUAGAUAAGCCAGGCUUAACAUUUCGGCAAGGGGAGGGGGGCUUGGGUUGAUUGAACGAUGCAGUAUAGUUGGUUUAUUGGUGGGGAGAGAUUCCUUGGUUUUUAUUAAAUUGUGAUAUGCCUAUCUGUUUAUGGCCACAAUCCUGGUUGGAAGAGACUCCGAGGGCUGCCAAAGGUAAGCAGAUAUGUUGUUGGGCUGUCCCAUGAGGUGACACAAAAGUGAUACUGCCUGUGGACACCCUUGCUUGAGGCUGAAGGUACCCACCUCUGAUUUAAUAUUAUUUGGUCUGCAUUGCCAUAACCCUGGAGCUUCUUAGAAUAAAGUUCUUCCCAUCUUCUGCUAUUUACUCUUUUAGCUAGGAACCGCCAGGACUUGAGCUCGUGAUUGCUUGCAUGUAAAAUCUUUGAACUCACUUAAAUCUGAAGUGGGUAUCUUAAUGAUUGUGGAGCCAAUGCAGAAUAGGAUUAGGGCACUGGACCAGGUUCAGGCCAGGUUCAAAAUUCCCACUCGAUCAUGGGGCUCACUGGCUAUCCUUUAGCCAGUUCCUCUUUCUUUCCAACCAAUCUCAUAGAUUUAUUAUUGUAGGCAUCAAAUGAAGGGAAUAUCUCAUGUUUGCCUCCUUGGUGUGGUGUGCCUUGAUAUCUUCUGACCUGCAACCUCCAUUUCUCCCACCUGCAGCGGAGGAAAUAGCAAUCAGUUGGCCUAGGAUAACUGCCUUUGCUGAAACUCACAGAAGAAGAGGACUGGGGCCUGUCAUGGAGUCUGAACGGAGCCAAGCACCGCAGGCCCAGACGCAGAACCAGGCGGCCGCCACAAGCGAAAGUGGACUCAAUGCUGACCUCCGUCGCCAGCUGGGCUUCAUCCUGCAGACGGCUGGCCGGAGCCAAGUGGAGAAGAUGCUGCGGGAGCUGGUGAAAGAGCAGAGCCAGGAAGAGAAGCGGAAAACAAGGAAGAAGGCACCUAACAGCCUCAAAGAUGAAGCUGCUGGGGAGAAUGAAGAAGAGCUGCAGCCAGAACAAGACUGUGUGGAAAAGGAGACACCACCAUCAAGGAGACCUAUCAGCCCAGAUGAGGCUUGUGCAAGCAGCAAUUGGAGCCCGCGGAGCCCAGAGGACCAACAGCCUCCUCAAGACUCUGCUGUGCAUCAGCAGGAAGGGAAGAAUUCCGACAGCCACAGGCAUCUGGAAAAGUCUGGGGUGUGUGGGGAGCAUGGGAAGAAAAGCACGAGUGGUAGUGGUCGAGGCCACGGCAUGCCCACACCAGAAAAACCACACCAAUGCACCAAGUGUGGACGUUGCUUCCGGCAACACUCCAUCCUGGCUAAGCAUCAGAAGAUCCACACUGGGGAGAAGCCCUACCUAUGUAUGGCUUGUGGCAAGCGAUUCAACCGCAGCUCCAACCUGGUGCAGCACCAGCGCGUGCACACAGGGGAACGUCCCUUUCCCUGCACAGCCUGUGGCAAGGCUUUCACCCAGAAAUCGGAUCUGGAGCGUCAUCAGCGGGUGCACACAGGGGAACGGCCAUACACCUGCCAGGAGUGUGGGAAAUGCUUCUCCGUCAGCUCCCACCUUGACCGACACAGGCGCAUCCACCAGGACAACCCUCAGGAGCAGCCAUCGGCCGCCUCUCUAGUCCCUGCUACCCACUACUGUCCCGACUGUGGGAAAUGUUUCAGACAUCGCUCUUCUCUCUCUAAGCACCGUAAGACCCACUUGGGAGAGCGCCCUUACCCCUGCAGUGCCUGUGGCAAGCGGUUCAGCCGCAGCUCCAACCUGGUACAGCACCAGCGCAUUCACACAGGGGAGCGCCCGUUCCCUUGUGCCGACUGUGGCAAGAGAUUCAUCCAGCGUUCUGACCUGGAGAGACACCAGCGGGUGCACACCGGGGAACGCCCCUAUACCUGUUCUCAGUGCGGCCAGGGUUUUUCUGUGAGUUCCCAUCUGGACCGGCACCAGAGAGUCCAUCAAGCCUUUGCAGCGGCUGCAGCUGCCCAUUGCUGCCCCAAACCUGUUAAAGGGUUCCUCCUCAGCAGUGGGGCCAAGCAGACCCUGAAAUACCAGCCGUACAACGGCAAAGGACGUCUCACUCGCAGCAGCCAUUGUUUGGACUGUGGGAAGAGCCUGAGCAAGGUUCCCACUCAGCCGCCGGGGCUUGUGGUGGAGAAGCCCUACAAGUGUGAGGGUUGUGGGAAGGCCUUUGCCCAGCGCUCAGCGUUGAUGAAGCACCAGCGCAUCCACACCGGCGAGAAGCCUUUCUCGUGUGGGGAGUGUGGCAAGGGCUUCAUCCAGAAGUCGGAUCUGACCAUCCACCAGCGCAUGCACACCGGGGAGAAGCCGUAUCGCUGUGACACCUGUGGCAAGUGCUUUAGUGUCAGUUCCAACUUGCUGACUCACCAGCGCACCCAUCUGGGGGAGAAACCCUACGCCUGUGGGGAGUGUGACAAGGCCUUCGUCCAGCGCUCGGAGCUGACCAUCCACCAGCGCGCACACACUGGGGAGAAGCCCUACAAAUGCAGUCUCUGCGGCAAAUGCUUCAGCCGCAGCUCUCACUUGAACCGUCACCGGCGUACCCACGGUGGCCAGAAGGACUCACCUGGUCCAGUCCCUUCCCCACUGCUUGCCCCCAACUCCCACAAGCCAGCCAUUCCUCUGCCCACCUCCCUCUUCUCCACCUCCUUUUCGUCUUCCAGCCCUCUCCCUCCCUUACCUGCCUUCCCUUCCUCGCCCUCCCCUCUUCCCUUUCCUGCUUUGGAGCUGCCUUGGACCCUCCCCUUCCCAUCCCAGGGUUUUCCCCAUCCGGCCUAUGUGCCCCCUGCUCCAGACACAGCCCAGGCUUCUCUAAUCAACUAAUUUUUGCCUCUUCCAGCCUCUUCUCCCCGUGUCCUCCUUCACUUCCUUCUAGCUGCUCUCCCAAAUUCUUUCUGGUUUUGCUUCUUCCUUCUCCCUCCCUGUCGAUUGAGCUCCGGUCUCUGUUUCCCUGCUCCAAAUGAUUUUCACUGGCUACCCAGGAUGAAACUGGAAAGGAGAAGCAGGCAGAAAUGGGGAGUGUGCAUCACAGUGAAGCAGAUGGCUCCAGGGCUGUAUAACAGAGGGGCUCAAUCCUUUCCUUCUUGCUGCCUUCUGCAUUGUUGUGAGACAGUGUCAAACUCUCCGUCCUCCCACCAGGACUAGAACCCCCUGGGUACCAGCUUGGCUAGAAAAGAAAGGAAGUUGGCAGCUCCAGUAGCAAGGAUGCUGGUAAGCCUUGUCAGGUUGGGAGGGGGACGUUAGCAGCUUGCCCGAUGAUACCAGCCCAGUCAUCUGAACUGUCCCUACCCUAGAAUAUUUAAUGGUCAUUCCUCUCUUUCUAGCUAACCUUGUCUAUGCAUCUGGCAAGACAAGAAAGAAGGAGUCACCAUAUGGUACAAUAUCCUGUCCCUUUGCAGAAUGCAUGGCAAGGAAUCGCACUUUUGAGACUGCUUUAUCCGACAAAACUCCAUGCAAUUGGAAAAACUGGGUAAGGAGUUUUUUUCUCUCUUGGAUAUAUGAGCUUCUGCCCUGCUGUGUGCACAUGUCUGUGGGAUGGGGGAGAAAGAAUUUGAAUUUGAUAGUAUCUCACUACAUUCUGAUGUACUCAAUUUUUUCUACGCAGAAGAAGGUGUUUGCAAGGAGGGGCAAAAAAAUUAUGAGGGCAGACAUGACCACAGCAUGGAAGCCCCAUCCUUUUCUAUGAGCUGUGGUGGCACAGUGGAUAGAAUGCAGUAUUGCAGGCAAACUCUGUUCACUGCCAGGAGUUCAAUCCUGACCAGCUCAAAAUUGACUCAGCCUUCCAUCCUUCUGAGAUCAGUAAAAUGAGGAUCCAGAUUGUUGGGGCAAAUAUGCUGACAUUAUAAGCCACCCGGUGAAUGCUAUAAAGUACUGUGGUGGGGUACAUAAAUCUAGUGCUGUUGCUAUUUCUCUGUGCAUUGAAACAAGGCUAAAAAAUGAACAGGGUAUCAGUUGAAUGGUGGUGGCCACCAUCCUGACUUUUUGGACCUGCAUGGACACUUUGUCCCUAUCUUGUCCAGAUUCCAUCCUGUGGUGUGUGCCACUCAGGCCAAAUCUUUAAUUCUUUGCAAAGAUUUGGGAAUCCUGAAGAUCAAAGUUUGGAAAACUAUUUCCUUCCAGAGGGUGCUAAACUACAACUCCCAGCAGUCCCUAUGAGCAGGGGCAGUGCUACAGUAAAGGAAGCCUCUUGGUGUAGUUCAGCUUGAGCAAAUUUUAAGUGCUCUCACUAGACUAGGGGUCUUCAAACUUGGCCCCUUUUAUGACUUGUG